AUGAAGAUCAUUCAAAACAUAGAGAUGGGAGACCUAGUUCUGGUGGUUCAAAAGGAAUCGACACCAACCUCUAUCCAAUGUCCCAUGUUGACGUCAACUAACUACACAGUAUGGGCCAUGAGGAUGAGGGUUUUACUGCGAAUCAACAAGGUGUGGGAGGAGAUUGAACCUGGUUCAACCGAUGCCAACAAGAAAGAUAUCGCAACAGGGUUAUUGUUUCAAGCCGUUCCGGAGAAUCUGAUCUUGCAAGUCGGCGAGCAGGAAUCUCCAAAAGGAAUUUGGGACGCGAUCAAAGCACGGAACCUCGGAGCAGAUCGUGUCAAGGAGGCUCGUUUACAAACCCUAAUGUCCGAUUUUGAAAGAUUGAAGAUGAAGAAACCGGACACAAUAGAUAGAUUUACGGGAAAGUUAUCGGAGCUAGCUUCUAAAGCAGCUUCUCUUGGCAAAACUAUUGAAGAAACAAAGUUAGUAAGUAAGUUUCUUAAUAGCUUGCCAAGAAACAAAUUCAUCCACAUUGUCGCCUCACUUGAGCAAGUCUUGGAUUUAAAAACCACAAGCUUCGAAGAUAUAAUAGGGAGACUCAAAGCCUAUGAAGAAAGAAUCAGUGAUUCAGAAAAUCACGAAGAGACACAGGGGAAGCUGUUGUACGCAAACUCGGAGCAACAAACCCGUUAUGGCUCAAGAGGGAGAGGACGUGGAAGAAGAGGCAGAGGAAACAGAGGACGAGGCAGAGGAGGAAGGUUCAACUCGAAGGAUCAAUCAACAAACCAGAACGAUCAAAGCCAAGGGAAAGAAAAUAAGGAUAGGCCGAAGAUAAUUUGUUAUUGA